AAAAAAAUCACCCUCCAGAGAUUAUUCUGAACUACACACAGCUGAAAGACUUUGGGGGAAAGAAGAAUUUUGCUUCUUUUUAAGGUUCUUCAUUAAAAACACGAGUUCAAUGUCUGAGAUCAUCGUGGAGGUCCGUCUCUUUUUAAUCUUCUUGGCAAAUUUAGACACCUGAAGGGUUUGAAAAGGAAGCAACCAUUUUCAAAGGUGAAUUCAAUGAGGCUGCACCAACGAGGAGCACAAACACCUCAUCCAGACCUUUUUUCUGAUCCUGCAACAUAAAUCAAACUCCAGACUAACAAAAGAAGAAACGCUAACUCAUCCCCUCCCUUUGUCCUUUGGCCCCAAAGCUGAACCAAAUGGACAGUCUGGGUCUACACAUCCCAGCGACCAACAACGCAAACACCAUGGAGGUGGACACCUUCCCCGCCUAUAGUGCGAGCCUCCCGUCCCCACUUCCUGAAGGUGGGGUGCGUAUUAGCCGGCAGGCUAAAGGUUCCAAGCCGACUGUGACCUCCCGUCGCAAGCGGGAGUUCAUUAGUGAUGAGAAGAAAGAUGCUUCCUACUGGGAAAAACGGAGGAAGAACAAUGAAGCAGCCAAGCGCUCAAGGGAGAAGCGUCGCCUCAAUGACAUGGUGCUAGAAAACCGGGUCAUGGCACUCAACGAGGAGAAUGUGCGUCUUAAAACCGAGCUCCUUCAGCUCAAGUUACGCUUCGGCCUCAUCAGCACAGCCUCCUACAUGGAAAAAAGUCAGCAAAUCUCCAACGGGAUCGGUGACGGGAGCACGAGCAGCAACAGAAGCAGCACUAACGGCUCCUCUAGUAGCAGCGCCUACCUCUCAAGCAGUGGCUACUCUAGUGCAUCCCAGGUGAUGCUGAAUUCUGACUCCUCUGAAACGGAGCAUUCGAGCCGCGGUGAGCGCCACACAUCAAUCCACAAGUACUCUCCACGGGGCUCCAUCUCUGAUAUGUCUGAUGGGUCCUCGAGAGACAGUCCAGAACCUUCGAGCUACACCAUUAAGAAGGAGCCCUCAAGUCUGGAAGUGGCCAGAACGGAAAGCAGUGCGAUUACUAACAGGAGGCUCAGUGGAUUCAGUCACGAGACCCACAACAGUCACACCACACUGGUAUCUCCUCACCAGCCAACCACUCCGCUGACUGAGAGUUCCCUGGACUACAAGCAGCAGCAGCCACAACAGUGCCACACAGUGAGCAACAGUACAGCUCCUCAAGCUGCCUCUGCACAGAGCGUCAUCCUGUACAGAUCGAGCAGCGGCUGUUAUCCCAUGGAGAGUCAGAGACCAGAAGACCACAAACACCAGACCCAGCAGAGUAGACUCUUGCAACAUGGCCAGCAGAGCUUCACCUCCAACAUCUCCGACUGCUCGGUGACCAUCACGGAGGUUGCUGAAAAACUAGAGAGAACGAAGACCUUGGACUCACCACAAUAUGAAUACACAGAUGGUUAUGCAGACUCCACCGAAGAGUUGCAGAAAAGGUACACUGCCUCAGCUCAGCAACAGCACCAGGAACAUUACAGCUACCAGGACGAAGAAAGCAGGUUUCAGUAUGCAGAAGACCACCAGAACUCAUUUGCCCCCGAUCUAAUCCACAACACUGAGGAGUGCAAGUCCUCCUUUCCCCAACACAACGGCUACCUCAAUACACUGGAUGAGGAACCCCCAGAACUCACCUACGAGGGAGGUCCCCAGCACGACUGCUUCUAUCAGGAGAAUUCCUCUGGUAAGGACACUUCAUCCAGUGAUGGGGAUGCCCGGAGCUCUGACAAGGAGGGUUCCACAGAUGAUGAGUCACCCUCAUCCUCCUCAGACACUGGCAGCUACCACCAGAAUGUGGUUGGAGCUGUCGGUUCGCACGUUGAGUGCCAGGCUGAGGUGAAAGCCACUGCCCUUCCCCACAAGCUCCGUCUCAAGUACAGAGCCCUGUCCAAUGGAGCAUCGGGAGCUCAGGCGGGGGACUGGGCAGCCCUUCAACUUCAAAGUCCCCAUCUCCCACCUUGCCACAGCACCCAUACUUGGCUUUACCCACCAUCCAUCACAGUGGCCAAGUGCACGGGGACGGCAAAGACUGUGAGAAUGAGAUGGAUUAUGUGGAAGAGGACGAGCCUCUGUUUAACGAAGGAGCAGAGGCAGAAAGUCAUGGAGCGAGAGAGUGAUCUAGCAGCGGAAGAAGCGGUCGCAAUAUGA